AUGGGUAUGGCAAAUCAAUCAAUUCUACAACUAUUUUUAUUCACUGCUGUAUUGCUGUGCUCCACCAGUAGUGCUCAGCAAGCAUUUCUCGUGCAGCAGCUGGAUCAGCUCCCGGCACCUGACUUUGGUGGUAAUGAUGUAUUGCCGAGAAUGCUUCUUACCACUCUUAAAAAAAGUGGUGAAAGUCUAAACAUCCGUGACAUACCACCCGACACAUUAAUUGACCCGGAUGGGCGUAUCGUUGCUUUUUCUAAACGGUUUGGACAAAAAUACGCGGAAAAGCUGCAAGAAGAAAGAAAAUUUUUGCAAGAAAUAACCAAAAAAGAUUGUAAAGAAUUGGCUUCAUGGAAAACUUACCUAUGGACAUCGCUUGGUUGCAUUUUCAUCGUUGCAUGCGGCGUUUUCCCCGCGUUUCUUUUACCAAAUGAUUUCACUGAGUUUCUACAGUCAAACUAUGGUCGCCGAAGCUUGCAUCUGCUGUUGAGCUUCGCUGUUGGAAGUCUAAUUGGUGAUGUCUUUCUCCAUCUACUUCCAACUGUUUGGGAAGAUACUCAAGUGGAUAGAUUGACAGCAGGUGUAUGGACAACAGCAGGUGUUUUGUUUUGCUUCAUACUGGAGAAGCUUUGUUUAACAAGUGAAUUUAAUCAACGUAGAAUGUGUGCUAUAUUAAAUCUUAUCGCUAAUUUUAUGGAUAAUUUCACUCAUGGAUUAGCUGUCGGCGGUUCAUUUCUAAUAGAUACAAAGCUUGGAUUGUUAACAACAUUCUCAAUAGUUAUCCAUGAGUUGCCCCAUGAAAUUAGCGAUUUUGCCAUCUUACUUCGUGCUGAUUUUAACAGAUGGUCUGCUGUACAAGCUCAGUUACAGUUGUUAACCGCAAUUGGUGGUGCUGUGGGAGCAUGGGCAGCUUUAUUUUUGCAUAGCGAAUGUGCUACAAGUGGAGCAUCUCAGAAUAUUCUGCCAUUUACGGCCGGUGGUUUUAUCAAUAUUGCCCUUACCCAAAUCCUACCCGAACUAAUGAAGGAAACCAAUUCAAGGCAAAAUAUUUUGCAGUGGAUAUGUUUUUUGGUUGGUGUUGCACUUAUGGGUGCACUAAAUCAAUUUCAUCUCGACUAA